CUCCUAACGGUCUUCACGCACAGGCUCAUUUAUUGCAACGGUCAAAAAAGAAAAAAAAAGGCAAAGUGUGGAGUAAAAGGACUGCACAUCCCAGCAGGCAGGAGGGGUUAACAAACUGCCUGCAGGAAAUUUCUCACAUCCUGAGUCCCUGUGCUGUAACUGUAUAUCAUGGCUCUUUCCCUCUCAGGCAGCUGAUGAAAGCUCUCUCUCUCAGUCAGGAGAAGAUGUCAGAGAGUCUCGGAGCAGAGCAACGGGGUUGGCUGCCAUUGCUCCUACUUAUCCUGCUGCUUUGCCUCAGCUGGGGGUUUAUUCCUGCCCAAGCUCAAGGAGAGAAUGUGGAAGGUAAAUUGGAAUCGUCAAGGCAACAAACGGAAAAGGAAAAGCAUGAACAUUAUGAGAUAAUAGUGCCUUAUCUGCUGAGGGGAGAACAGUGGAAAGCAAUAGGUAGCGUUUCUACAAAGAGUCAUCCACCAGCAAUGAAAGUGCUACUAAAAGCUAAAGAUAUACGACUACUUAUCAACUUGGAAAGAAAUAAGGGUCUUUUUGCUGGAAACUUUAGCGCAACACAUUAUACGGAAGAUGGAGCUUUUGUGUCUACUGCACUUAACUACACGGAUCACUGUUACUACCAUGGAAAGGUAGACGGCUACUCUGAGUCAUCCGUCAGUGUCAGCUCUUGCUCAGGCCUCAGGGGAUUAAUUACACUUGAAAACAGAGCAUAUGUGUUGGAGCCACAGGCUAAUUCUACAACCAGUCACCUCUUCUACCAAGCAGAACAUCUAAAACUGAUUUCAGGUUCCUGCAGCCAACAUUUUAACCUCUCAGGCGUUUCUCUGAGUGACAAUUUCCAGCAUUCUCAAGAUACUUUCAGAAGGCACAAAAGGGAUACUGUGAAGACAACCAAGUAUGUAGAACUUGUCAUUGUAGCGGAUAAUCGCGAGUAUCAGAGACAAGGAAAGGACGUGGACAAAGUCAAACACAGGCUGAUAGAAAUGGCAAAUUAUGUGGAUAAGUUUUUCAGGCCACUGAAUAUUCGAGUGGCUCUGGUCGGAGUGGAGAUAUGGAGCGAUUCAGACAAAUGUUCUAUAACCCAAGAUCCCUUCACCAGCCUCCAAGAGUUUCUGGACUGGAGAAAACUGAAGUUAUUACCUCAGAAGCCCCAUGACAACGCACAGCUUGUCAGUGGGGUGUAUUUCCAAGGCACGACCAUCGGCAUGGCUCCCAUUAUGAGCAUGUGCACCGCAGAUAAGUCUGGUGGAGUUGUUAUGGACCAUUCUGGAAAUCCUCUUGGGGCUGCCGUGACGCUUGCGCAUGAACUUGGGCACAACUUUGGCAUGAAUCAUGACACAUUGGAAAGAGGGUGUAAUUGCCGAGGGUCGGCUGAUAAUGCGGGCUGCAUCAUGACUCCAUCUACUGCAUACCCAUUCCCCACAGUGUUUAGCAGCUGCAGCAAGAAGGAUUUGGACAGCAGCCUGGAAAAGGGAGUGGGCAUGUGUCUAUAUAACAUGCCUGAAGUCACAGAGUCAUUUGGAGAGCAGAAGUGUGGAAAUGGAUAUGUGGAAGAAGGAGAACAGUGUGAUUGCGGUGAACCAGAUGAAUGUACAAACCCCUGCUGUAAUGCCAGCCUGUGCAUGCUGAAGCCUGGAGCCGUAUGUGCACAUGGUCUUUGUUGUGAAGAAUGCAAGCUCAAGCCAGCCGGAACUCCAUGCAGGGAUGCAAGUAAUUUUUGUGAUCUGCCGGAGUUCUGCUCUGGAACCAGUGCUCACUGCCCAGCUAAUGUUUAUCUACAUGAUGGCCACCCAUGCUUCAAGAUAGAUGGAUACUGCUAUAACGGCAUGUGCCAAACCCACGAGCAACAGUGCAUUACACUUUGGGGCCAAGGAGCCAAACCUGCCCCAGGGAUCUGCUUUGAGAGAGUCAACUCAGCGGGGGAUCCCUAUGGAAACUGUGGGAAGGAUUCCACCGGAUCUUUCAGCAAGUGUGAGAACAGAGAUGCCAAAUGUGGGAAAAUUCAGUGUCAAGGAGGAGCAAACCGCCCUGUAAUUGGCACGAAUGCCGUUUCCAUCGAAACCAAUAUUCCGCUGCAAGAAGGCCGUCGCAUCCUCUGCCGUGGGACGCAUGUUUAUCUGGGGGAUGACUUGCCGGACCCGGGGCUUGUCCUGGCUGGCACCAAAUGUGAAGAAGGAAAAAUAUGCCUGAACCGGAAGUGUCAAAACAUCACUAUAUUUGGCGUCCACGACUGUGCGAUGAAAUGCCACGGGCACGGAGUUUGCAAUAAUAAAAAGAACUGCCAUUGUGAAGCUGAAUGGGCACCACCAUUUUGUGACAAGCAUGGCUUUGGUGGGAGUGUGGACAGUGGACCAGUCAGACAGCAUGAUAACAGAAGUUUGAUCACGGGGAUGAUAGUGACAGUUGGGUGCAUUUUCCUUGCUGCUUUCAUUGUGUACCUCAAGAGGAAGACGUUGUUCAAAUGGCUUUAUUCUAAUAAGAAGACUACUAUUGAAAAAUUAAGGUCUGUGAGACCAACGAGAGGUGGGAGCUCAAAUGAGCCUAAUGAAGAGUAUUGCGCAGCACUUUCCAAGCAUGUCCUCAGCAAACCCACAUGUCUGCCAAAGGAGGAAUGUUCAAUACAAUACAAUACUAGACUGCCCCGCUGUCACCCUAUCGACAUUAGCCACCCAAUAAGGAUACUUGAAUUACCUCAGCACAGCCUUCCAAGAAAAGUCCAAGUGCCACGUCACAGUCUUCCGUUCCAACAAACAGUUCCAGCUCGGCCACUUCCAGCAAAGCCUUCUGUUAGAUGUUUACAGGGUUCCUGUAUACCAAGCCCUCCACAAAAGCCGCUGCCAGCCGUUCCUUUCAAUAAAACUUCCCAAUCCGAUAGUGCCUUAAGCACAAUGUCUGAACAUCAAGAGCACGUGCCUCGGAUCACUCCUGUGAGGCCAGCACCCAGGUGUCCCCCUCAGCUGCCAGGGCCCAUCAAGCCACCUCAGCGCAAGUGAGAAGAAGAGACAAUUCCGUGACGUUUGCACUAUGCUCUGAUUCCCGUUGGAGCUUGUUUACCGAAACAUCACUUUUUUUUAAAUGAAUCUUUAACAAAGAAGAAAAAUGUUAAAUCUGAUUAUAUUUGAAAGGACUGAGCGGUUGCGUUUGGUGCUACGCUUUCUAGCGGUGCUCUCUGUGUUUGCUCAGGUGCUCGUAAGUUAUUAAUUUAUGGUGACUAUUUAGUACAGUGCAGUGCGUUGUAUUUCAUGUAUUUAACCAAAGAUUCCGUUACAGAAAAAAAAAGGGAAAUAUUUUUAUAGUUUUUAAUACACUUGAAACCUGUUGCUUUAUAGCAUACGGAAUGGAACGGAAGUUUUGCCGUCGCUCUUUUAUGGAAUGUUUAAAGCGAUUGGCCGACAAUGUUGAAUCAGCCCCAUCGCCUUAAAGUUGUAGUGCGUUGUUUCCUGCAAGUAUUUAAUCCAUGGUGCCUUUUGUUAUUUACUGUAUAUUGAACGGGACAGUAUAAUCACAGACAUGUACAGUUCAAUACAAUAUCCUUCAAUAGAUCGUUACUGCUGCACAGGAUCGUGUGGGAGCCAACGCUAUGAAUGCAUUCAUCAAAAAGGGAAUAUGCUUAUCCCCCCCCCCGGCCCAAGUCAUAGUAAAUCACUGCCUAACUUGCAAUAAUGUGAUAUUGAUAUUCGCUUAUGUUCAAUAAUGUCACUUGUCUUAUGAACGAGCCUAGAGAGGGGCCUAGAGAUCUAACGUUUACAAACUAUGGUGCUAAACUAAGGUUGCUUUAUAUACCGCACACUGGAGCGACCAAUGUGAUUUUACUUCUAAUAAGUGUUAUUAGCUUCAUGGAAAAAUAUAUGGCUUGUAUAGCAGAAUCAGCAGCAUACCAAAACGGGGUAUCGGGCUUGGAGGGCACAUGAUUAAGUGUCUUGGCGGCCCCUGUGGAGUGCCCCAUACCCCUUUUUUGUAUGCUGCUGGUUUUUCCCCUCCCUAAGCUGAGGGUCUGGGGCUGGUGCACCUGGAACACCUGUUCUACGUGGUGAAUGAUCAACAUAAGUUGUGUCCUGUGGCCCCCUUUUUGGUGCUUUAAUUGUAUAGUGCAAUAACUAUCAUGUCCAGACUGGUGGUAAUUCCAGGGUUCUUUGGAGUCCAUGCUGGACGGAUGCAUUGGUGCUCAACGCAAGGUGCUAGGAGCAUGUAUGGCCGCAUGUAUCCUUUGUAAAAACUUUAAAUGCAUGCUCAAUUGUGCAUCCAGGCCAAUAUGGCAUCAUCAUUGUGCACUCUAGGGGUGGGCCAAGCUAAUCAGGUGCCCUAGUCAACCCCGACCGGCCACCUCGCUCCCCACCAUGCAAUCGAGCGAACAUGCGCUCAUACACACAGCAAUGACACAUGCAGAAGGAGGUACCUGCCUAGCGCCUCCCUCAUUGUUGUGUCCUAGGAAAGUGCCUCUUCUGCCUUCCCCUAGUUCCGGCCCUGGUGCAAUUUUUGGGAUUCACUUACUAACAUUGGGCAAUUAAGCACUGCAUCGCGGCAGUAGCCCAUAACAACCCAUCAGCGAUAUGCUGCAGAAAACUGCAAUCAAAAAUGCGACUGGCUGCCAUAGGUUGCAUCAAUACCAGACAAAUAUGCCCACUGUUACUAAAUCAGUCUAGAGAACCCAUCAGAGAAAAGUAGAAACCCAGAGAAAUGUAGACUAUUUACCACCUCUUAUGCUGUCAUGAAGUUCAGUACUCAAUAGAUGUUACUAAAGCCUGCACAUUUUAUUUUUGCUUCAGCCCAGCAUGGAAAAGUAUUUAGUAGAAUUGCUGAAGAAUUUCCUAGCAUAUUAUAAGCACAAAGCCAUUCUCUGCAGAUUUGCAUUUAAACAGGAGCGGCUCUAUUGAUUGCCUGAGUACAGGUACGCUGAGCUACUUCCCCAGCAAUCUUUACCUUAAAUGAACUCGAUUAGUAUCUUAUUUAAAGGGAUCCUGUCAUCGGAAAACAUGGGUUUUUUCGAAACGCAUCAGUUAAUAGUGCUGCUCCAGCAGAAUUCUGCACUG